GGUUCCAAAUUCAGUCAAUGAUUCACCACAACCCCAGUUGACAAAACAUCAAGAUUCUUUAUACAUACAAACAAUUGUUUAUAAAAAAGUUUUGAUCUUGCAUACAUUUGGCUCAUCUUUCUGCAGAAUCCCCACUUUGGUUGGUACCUCCAAAAUUCAGGUUCUAGGGUUUCUUUCAACUUUUCAAGAUUCUCUGUUACAAAUUAUUCACUGAUCUAUCAAUGCUCAAUUGACUGAAUUUGUGUGAUUUUGAUUCAUUCUUGAAAAACCCUUUUAGGGUUUUGAAUAAAGUAUGAAACUUGGGGGAGAUCAAGUAGUUAAUAGGAUUAGGGCUUUAGUUGCCAAUUGGGUACAUUGUAAAAGAUUGAAUUUUGGGUCAAUUAACAGAUUCAAUGUGAUUACUUCUUGUUUGUAUAUUGUGCUAGCUGUAAUUUGUUGGUAUGUAUACCUCUACGAAUUCGUUCCGCCUGCGAUAGUUGACGAAACCGCGAUCGUUGAUUCGAUAGAUUCUCUAUCGAAAGAUGCGAAAGAUUCAAAGGGAGUGUGUGAUCUUUAUGAUGGGAGUUGGGUUGUUGAUGAAACUUACCCUUUAUACAAUGCAUCUCAAUGCCCUUUUGCCGAAAAAGGUUUUAAUUGUUUGGCUAAUGGGAGAAAAAAUAAGGGGUAUCUUAAGUGGCGAUGGAAGCCGAAGAAUUGCGAUGUUUCGAGGUUUGACGUUGAGGAGGUUUUGGAAAAGCUUCGUGGGAAACGGGUUGUGUUUGUUGGCGAUUCGUUGAGUCGGACGCAAUGGGAGAGUAUGAUAUGUUUGCUUAUGAACGGCGUGGAGGAUAAAACGAGUGUUUACGAGGUUAACGGGAAUACGAUAAGUAAAAAGAUUAGGUAUUUGGGUGUGAGGUUUAGUUCUUAUAAUUUUACAGUUGAGUUUUAUCGAUCGGUUUUUUUGGUGCAAAUCGGUUCGGUUCCAAAACGUGCACCGAAGAGGGUUAAAUCGACGAUUAAGCUUGAUGAGUUGGAUAGUAUUAGCUCAAAGUGGAUUGAUUCUGAUAUUCUCGUGUUUAAUACGGGCCAUUGGUGGAAUCGCGGAAAGCUUUUUGAGAUUGGUGGUUAUUUUAAGGUCAAUGGAAGGCUAAAACUUGGAAUGUCGAUCAUGGAUGCUUAUACAACAGCUUUAAACACUUGGGCUUCAUGGGUCGAAAAUAUGGUUAAUACAAACAGGACCCGCGUAUUUUUUAGGACUUUUGAGGGGAGUCAUUGGAGCAAGAGUCACACUUGCAAAGUUACACAAAAGCCUUUGGUUAGAAGUAAGAGAGAAUACAGAAGUCAUUUUUCCGACAUUAUAAAAAAAGUGGUGAAUAAUAUGUCGGUUCCUGUAACAACAAUGCAUGUGACCCCCAUGGAUUCAUACCGCAGCGAUGCACAUGUUGGUAUUUGGGGCGAUAAUCCAACGGUUCCUGAUUGUAGCCAUUGGUGCUUACCUGGAGUCCCUGAUGCAUGGAAUGAAAUCCUGUUUUCAUAUUUAUGAAAUGGAUUGGGAUUAUUUUGGUUUGCGAGUUCAAGAGAGAUGGAGGAAACGGUUCGGUUCAGGGUCAGGGUUAUUAUCCGAAACAAAUUCAAUUAAUAUUUUGUUGUACAAGGGUUGUAUGCAAUAAGUGUAGUAUGUUUUUGGGUCACCUUUCAUGAAUAAAAUGUGAUACAAGUUCUGUUUUCUCUGCAAA